AUGAAACAAAAAGUUCUCAGGAUGGCAUUUCAUGUGGAUGCAAUGCUGGUUAAAGGGAAUUGGGAGAAAGUGCCAUUAGGAAAUAUUCCAUUGACAUCAUCGGAAAUGAUUGAAAACGGAGAACGAAGUAGUCUUCGUUUCAAAUGUUUCAUUAUUAUUCAAAUGAUUUUCGUUUGGACAAGCUAUACAGUAACUGUGAGAUAUUCUCGUUUAAGUGCUCCCAGACAUUUGCAAUAUUCCUCAACAACAGUCGUAUACCUUUCGGAAAUAAUCAAAAUGACUAUUGCUUUAUUCUUUGUCUUCCAGAUCAAUAACUACAAUGUAAAAGAAUUUACUAGAUGUAUAAAGAAAGAAUAUUUCGGGAAACCAAAGGAUUUGCUGAAGAUGACUUUUCCGUCAAUAGCCUAUGCGCUUCAAAAUAAUCUUGAUUUUGUGGCAUUAUCAAAUCUGAAUGCAGGUAUAUAUCAUGUUACUACUCAACUUAAAGUGGUUACUACGGCUAUUUUUAUGAUGAUUAUCCUUGGGCGACGAUUCUCGGGCACACGAUGGCUUUCAAUUUUUUUGCUUUUCGGAGGUGUUGCUGCUGUGGAGCUCAGUAUAAACGAAAGAAGCAUUAAGGAGAAAAGUGAUGAAAAUUACUUGCUUGGAUUGAGCGCUGUACUCUUCACAUGUGUAACUGCAGGCUUUGCUGGAGUAUACUUUGAAUAUAUGCUUAAAGAUGGCAGUGAAACACCGUUCUGGAUACGGAAUCUUCAAAUGUAUAGUUGUGGCGUAGUUAGUGCAGCUUUGGGAUGCAUUCUUUCUGAAUGGAACAGAAUUUUGACUAAAGGAUUUUUUUAUGGUUACAAUAGUAAUGUUAUUGCUGUCAUUCUGUUCUUGAGUUUAGGAGGGAUUUUCAUAUCACUGGUAAUGAAAUACCUAGAUAACUUAUGCAAAAGUUUUGCCUCAGCAAUGAGUAUCAUCUUGGUUGUUAUGAUCUCUCAUCUUAUAUUCCACGACGUGCAGCUGAAUUUGAUGUUUCUUACCGGUUCCAUAACUGUUUGUGGAGCAGUAUUAUUGUACAGUUCAGUACCAGAGUGA